AUGUCUCCUGUUGAACAAGUUUCUAACGUCUUUGACACCAUCUUGGUGCUAGACUUUGGGUCCCAGUAUUCGCACCUUAUCACUAGAAGACUCAGAGAGUUCAAUGUGUACGCCGAGAUGCUUCCAUGUACCCAAAAAAUCUCGGAACUGGGAUGGAAACCAAAAGGUGUGAUCAUGUCUGGUGGUCCAUACUCUGUGUAUGCUGAAGGUGCGCCCCACGUCGACAUGGACGUGUUUAAGCUCGAUGUUCCAGUCUUGGGAAUCUGCUACGGAAUGCAGGAGCUUGCCUGGAUCAACGGAAAACAAGUUGCUCGUGGUGAGAAACGUGAGUACGGCCCAGCCACUUUGAACGUCGAGGAUGCCUCUAGUCCUUUGUUCGAAGGCAUGGACCACUCGCGCGUGUGGAUGUCGCACGGUGACAAGCUACACGGCUUGCCCACUGGCUACAAAGUUAUCGCCACAUCUGACAACUCUCCUUACUGUGGUAUUGUUCACGAGGAAAAGCCCAUUUACGGUAUUCAAUUUCACCCAGAAGUGACUCACUCCACGCAAGGUAAGACUUUGCUCAAAAACUUCGCCGUGAACAUUUGCAAAUCCAAUCAAAACUGGACUAUGGAAAACUUCAUCGACACCGAGAUUAACAGAAUCAGAGAACUGGUCGGUCCUACCGCCGAAGUUAUUGGUGCCGUUUCCGGAGGUGUCGACUCGACUGUGGCUGCUAAGCUGAUGACUCAGGCCAUCGGUGAAAGAUUUCAUGCCAUCUUAGUCGACAACGGUGUUCUGAGAUUAAACGAAGCUGCUAACGUCAAGAAAACAUUAGGUGAAGGUUUGAAGAUCAAUUUAACCGUUGUUGAUGCUGCCGACGAGUUUUUGGACAAAUUGGUAGGUGUCACCGAUCCAGAGAAGAAACGUAAAAUUAUUGGUAACACUUUCAUUCACGUUUUUGAAAGAGAAGCCGCCAAGAUAAAGCCUAAGGGUGGUGACGAGAUUGAAUUCUUGUUGCAAGGUACAUUGUACCCAGACGUUAUCGAAUCCAUCUCUUUCAAGGGACCCUCCCAAACUAUCAAGACUCAUCACAACGUCGGUGGUCUUUUGGAGGAUAUGAAGUUGAAGUUGAUUGAACCUUUGAGAGAACUGUUCAAAGACGAAGUCAGACAUCUCGGUGAACUUUUGGGAAUUUCCCACGAACUGGUCUGGAGACAUCCAUUUCCUGGUCCAGGUAUUGCUAUUCGUGUCUUAGGUGAGGUUACCAGAGAACAGGUUGCAAUUGCUAGAAAAGCUGAUUACAUUUAUAUCGAAGAAAUUAGAAACGCUGGCCUCUACAACAAAAUCUCUCAAGCUUUCGCUUGUUUGUUGCCAGUCAAAUCUGUCGGUGUCAUGGGUGAUCAAAGAACCUACGAACAAGUUAUUGCUUUGAGGGCUAUCGAAACCACCGAUUUCAUGACUGCUGACUGGUAUCCAUUCGAACACGAAUUCUUGAAGAGAGUUGCCUCUAGAAUUGUGAAUGAAGUUGACGGCGUCGCCAGAGUUACUUACGACAUCACCUCCAAACCACCAGCCACCGUGGAAUGGGAGUAA